GUCGUCCUUCCGACCAAAACUCCAGCCGGUUGAAUCAUUUACUAAAAAAGGGAAGGUUAGUCUAGUAAUUUCAUAGGCUGGUCUUCACUUCUUCCUCGCCAACUCCAUCUAUAUCGUAACCACCCCUUCUUUAAUACCCCUUACAUUAUCCAUCAUUUAAACCUAAAUCUCCAACGACAACCUCUGUAAGCUCCCUGUUCACUCCAACGACAACUCCAUCUAUAGUCCGUCGUUUUCCUCCUUCGUAGGCACUCCUCCCUGUUCACUCCAACGACAACCUCUGUAAGCUCGAAGGCCACCAUGUAUAGCAGCAGUUCAACUACCUCGAAAUCAACAGGCCGGUAUGAAUAUGGAGAGUGGAUUCCGGUCAAACAUUGUCAAUGUGGGAAAGAAUUGAAGCUUUUGACUACAUGGAAACCAGAAAACUGUGGGAGAAGAUUUUGGAAAUGCGUUGGAAAUGAGUGGUCUGAAGGGUGUGGUUUGAUGGACUGGUUUGACCCUCCAAUGUGUAAAAGAUCCAAGAAAAUCAUUCCAGGGUUGUUAAGAAAACUGAAUGGGUAUGAAAACCACAUUCACACAUUGGAGAUGAACCUGGAAGCAGCUGAGAAACCAGAAAACAAAAAAGAUAAGAUGGAGAAGAUAGAGCACAAAAGAUACUCUUGCAGCAGACUGGGCGUGUGCAUUAUAACAUUUUUUGUGGUUUUUGCAUCCAUGUAUGCACAUAGAAAAUAGUCUUGUAGCAUGGUUUUUAUGUAUUCCGAACAAUUUUGAGGAAUGUUGGUAAUAUCUUUGAAAUGUAUUGAUGCCAAAUGUUCAUGUUGAUGACAUGUAUAUAUGAAGUUCUUUUGCAUAUUCAAUGUUACAACUGUUGUGUUACAUUAUAAACUGGAAAACAUGGUUCACUACAAACACACUUAACUUGAAACAUAUACUAUGGUCACUAAAAGAACUGAAUUACAAACAUAAACACACUGGUAUAUCAUCCCAUUGAAA